AUGUGCCAAGAGGUCGUCCAACAAUGCUGCCAUUGCGGUGACAAUAUUGGUAUCUAUACCAUCCCUUGUCACAGCUGGUACGUCGAGGCACAAAUGGCUCACCGCGAGCGACGACAUAUCCCGCCAACAUGGGACUGUGACUAUCGUAUGAAACAGUUCCAGCCUAUGCUCACAGGUUGUCACAAUAACGAUACCUGCCUCUCGUGGUUUGGAAACAUCCUCCCGGGCUUUGGGGGCGCCCGGAAUGAAGGCCCUGAGAUCAAACUGGCCCGUGAAUAUGUGGCUCAUGAGAAGUUGGAGGAAUGGGAGGACCAGUUUGCUCGUGAGUACUUCCAGAAGAAGCCUAUUCCUCCUCGCAAGAAGCCCGAGGGUUUUAUGUCCUUGAUUCGCCAGGAUAUGAUGGGAGACCUUGAAUCUGUCACAUCUUUCGACGGUCUCGAGUCUUCAGAUACAGAUACAGAUACAGACUAUGGAGAAGGGAGUAGUAACCAACAUACUAGUCCUGAAGACAGUUAUGAUGCUGACAGCGAGAACUCAAUUCAAGACAACAAUAUAUUCAACGAUGCCGCCUCCAACAAGACCUCUGAGGUUGACCCCGAAGAUCUGUUCUACGGUGAUGUCCCCGACCGUACCCGUGAUGUGAAACCCAAAGUCGUUCAAGCGUAUAACGGGCCGGCCGUCUCUAUCAUGAGCCUGUUCUUGUCUAUGAUGGACUUGGGACGUGAUGGUGAUUUCGUUGAAUGA